CGCCACCCCUCAACAAGGGUCAACGAAAAGGACAGGACACGGAACGGUGACAAUGGUGGGUGUGUUUUCUUGCUCCCUUUUUCUUCCGAACUCUGCUUCUCACUCUUUUUAAACCCAACACACACGCCCCACACUCCGCACGCUCCGUUCCUUUUCUUUCUCUCUCUUUUUUCUUCUGUACUCUAUCGAAGACGAUAA